AUGUCUGAGGAACUAAUAACGUCCCUUUAUCCACUGCCUCCACCGUACUACAAGUUUUUUACGGCUGACAAUGUUGAAAAGUAUAAGCGGCUACAAGAGUCACAGGACAAUGAGGCAAUGAAUGACCUUCCAGGUGAGUUGAGAUUCCACAAGCCUCCUCCAAUCCCUUCAUGUCAACAGUAUAGAGGAUACGGAAGUGUAUGGUCUCUAGUCCACAAACUACCGUCCUUGCAAGAGCUGGGCUGGAAGCAAUUAUACAAUGAUGAAGACGAGAAGAUCACUUCUCAAACAAAGAUUGACGAGCUACACAAACUUCUAGACUCGUUAUUACUCAACUUCUUAGAGCUCGUGGGCUCAGUUUCAAAGGAGCCCGCCAAAUUCUAUGUUAAGAUAGAAGACUUGAAACUAAUACUCAUCAAUAUGAAUCAUUUGCUCAACACGUAUCGCCCUCAUCAAACUCGAGAGAGUCUAAUCAUGAUCCUAAAGCAGCAAAUUGAAGGGAAGAAAAGAGAAAUUGCUGAGAUCGACACAGUGAUGGAGAAAGUGAAAAAAAGGAUAAGGGAAUCGGUCGCAUCAAAUUCAACUGGCACCAGUCAAGGGCUCAAAAACUGA